CUACAGAUCUACUAUCCCCUUCUUCCCUUCUCCUCUGUCAGCCUCAGCUUCCUCCGACCGAUCUUUCAUCCACCUCGAACCUCUCUUCGGAGCUUCUCGUCUUCAUCCUCUUCUCAACGCAGCCCUCCAACGCCUCCAUCUACCCCUGAAUCCACCUUUUCUUUCUUCACCGCCCCCUUUCUAUCGUUUCUUUAUAGCUAUUUCUGCUGCACCGCCAAAUCUUUUGUGAUAUCGAGCUAACUCGACGAUUUCCUGCUAUUUAUCGAAUCCUUCGAGUUUAAUUGAUGUCUUUCAGGGCUCAAGAGCUGUACAAGAAGUUGGCGCGUAAGGUGGGUAAGGACGUGCCGGCGGAGGUGAUGGAGACGGUGAAAAAGUGCCUCCCUAACAGCAAGAUUGUGAUGGGAAGAGCGAAGCGCGGUAUCUUUGCCGGGCGCCAUAUCCAGUUUGGCAAUAGGAUCAGCGAGGAUGGUGGUAACAAGUUUAGAAGAACAUGGAAGCCAAAUGUGCAGGAGAAGCGCCUCUUUAGCUACAUCCACGACCGCCACAUCCGCAUAAAGGUGACAACCCACGCACUCCGAUGCAUCGACAAGGCCGGAGGCAUCGACGAGUACCUGCUCAAGACACCCUACCACAAAAUGGAUACUGAGCUGGGCAUAUUAUGGAAGGCUAAGGUUGAGAAAAUGUAUGAGGAGUUCAGCAAUAUGGAGGUGGGAUUCUUCUCUCCGGAAGAGGAAGCUAAGAUUGCCAAGGGCUUUGAGGAGUACAAUGUUGCUAAGAAGAAUGCGAGGAGGGAAAGUAGAAGAGCUCUGGCGAGCCAGAAACGGAUUGAAGAAGGGAAAGAAACGGCUGGUGAUGUCAAGGAUGGGGAGGAUGGAGCUGCUGCACCUGUAUCAUGAAGAUGGAAGUGGUGGUUUUUGUAAAUUUUGUUUUGUUGGAAUUAGAUUAUUGAGAGUUUUCUAGCAAUAAUUCUGUGUUUUUUUUUUCCUUUUUUUGUCAUGAACAAUUUAAUGCUGCAAUCCAGAUUUAUGCCAAUAAAUCACUAAUAUGAAUUUAUGAUGGCACGAGCGACUUCAGGUCGGAUUUAGUAAA